AUGAAAUCAAACGCAAUUAUCUUAUAUGCCUCCAUGGCGACUUCUGUUUUUGCGAGUUCGGUUAAUCUGACGGUCAAUCCCUCUGUACCAAGCUCGGCCAGUUUGCCAGUUCCUCUAGAUUUUCAAUCAUUUUCAAUUGAAUUCGCAUUCUUCGCCGAUUUCAGCGGAAACAAAUCUCAUCCGAAUAAAUUCUCUAAUAACCUCCUAGCCAAUCUCAGAAAGUUCAAUGGAGAUGUGCCACAGAUCCUCCGCAUUGGAGGUAAUACUCAGGAUCAUGUCACCUAUUAUCCCAACCAAAAAGAAAGUAUAAUCAACAAUUGGGCUGGUAAUGGAGGAGAUCAACCUGCAAACACAUCUAUUGGUCCCACCUUCUGGGAAUCAUUUACUUCUAUCGAUGGUCCCAAGUAUAUCUUCGGAUUGAAUUUUUACAAAAAUGAUUCCUACUAUCUCGACAACUUGAAAGGAGAGGUACAGCAGUCAUUGGAGCAAAUCCCUGCUGAGCGGCUGCAUCUUUUUGAGAUAGGUAACGAGAAUGACUACGGUGCAUUAUCCGGAUUCCGUCCACCAAACUGGACACAGGAGGACUGGGUUACUGAAUGGAAUAAUCGUGCCGAACACAUCCAGACUGCCAACCAGUCACUUCGUUUCUUUGCACCAUCAACUUGUUGCUACAAUAUCACGACCAAAUGGUCAUUCUUUUCCCCUUGGACGAUAUGGAACAGUACAUUCAAUUAUAAUCGACAUAAAUGGAUCCAUGAGGUGUCCCAACACGGAUACAUUUCCGGCACUGGUAACCACCCUACAUUACAAGGGACUCUAAUGAAUCACACUAGUGUGGUUAAAAACGGCACAAUUCAUCAAUCACUCAACGCGUUGAACACCGCGGGAGGACGGUAUUACACUCUAGGCGAAACGAACAGUAUCUCGGGCCAAGGAGCGUGGGGAGUGUCCAACGUAUUUGGUGCGGCCUUGUUCAUAGUUGAUUAUGAGCUUUACUAUGCUUCCUUUGGCGUCCGCCGCAUGCACAUGCAUCAAGGCACUGCCUAUCGCUAUGGAGCCUGGAUGCCAAUUUCCCAGAAUGGAGUUGGCCCUUCAACUAACCCACCAUAUUAUGGACAUACGAUGGUGUCUAAAUUCAUCGGUAAUUCCACCAAGACGCAAAUUAACAAUAUCGAUCUCAAGAGCGAUUUCCAUUCCGCAUAUGCAGCGUACGAAGAUGGGGAACUGGCCCGUGUUGUCUUGCUCAAUUUGCAGGAAUGGAAUCCCUCAGGAGGAGUCAACGCCACCAAUGCUACAGAUCCUAGUGUCCAGGCCCUCAGACCCAACACAACGUUUACCUUGGACUCGGUGAUUGGGUAUUCGUAUGCAACAGUUGAGCUUCUAACUGCUCCAGGGGCACUAUCGACCAAAAAUAUUACAAUGGCAGGUGUGAGCUACGAUUAUGAACUGGCUGAAGGGAAACCAGUAAAAGUCGGCAACGAAGUUGCCGAAGUAAUCAGGCCUCAGAAAAACGGCACUUUCUCUGUGAGCGUGGGCGCGUCGACUGGAGCGCUGUUGAAAUUCUACAAGGCGUGA